UUCUUUUGUUGAUUAUUUUGAUGAAUAUCAUUCCAGAAAGAGUUCAUUGUUUAGUGUAACGUCGAAACUGUUUGUUUCUGUCUUUCCUUGUGUGUCUUUUUCAUGGUGACAAAGGAAACGUUUGGUUUUUAAAGUGAAGAAAAACAUGGCAUGCAUCAUGAGGCUGGGAUCUAAAUCUGAAGCCUUUCACCUUGAUGGCCAAACCUGGUUGUGUUCAACUGGUCUUUCAAGCGAUGUCAUUGUUGAAGUAGGGGAAAUGUCCUUCCAUCUUCACAAGUUUCCGUUGCUGUCCAGAAGCAGAGUGAUGGAGAAUCUUAUUAAGGACUAUUCUGCUGAGGAUGAGAAAAAGUGUGUUCUGCAAUUCCAUGACAUGCCUGGUGGAGCCAAAACCUUUUUGCUUGUAGCCAAAUUCUGCUAUGGCAUCAGAUUCGAACUCACUGCAUUAAAUAUUGUCAGCCUUAGGUGUGCAGCCAAGUAUCUUCAAAUGAAUGAAGAUCAUGGGGAAGGAAAUCUCAUAACACAAACAGAAAAUUUUCUGAAUGAAAUCUUCAGUAACUGGACAGACUCAAUCAAAGCUCUUGAAACCUGCGAAGAGGUUCUACCAUCUGCAGAAGAGCUUCAUAUUGUUUCACGAUGCAUAAAUUCCUUGGCAAUGAAAGCUUGUGCUGAUCUGAGUUUGUUCGGUUGGCCUGUGUCAGGAAGUGGUACUGCUGCACAAAGUCCAGAGGACAUUGUCUUAUGGAAUGGAAUAAGUGCAGCAGUCAAACCACCACCAGUGAGUGAAGAUUGGUGGUAUGAGGAUGUGUCCGUCCUUAGAUUAUCUCUGUAUAAAAGGUUGAUUCUAGCUGUUGAAUCAAGUGGCAUAAAGCCAGAGAGGAUUGCUGGUUCCCUUGUCCACUAUGCGAAGAAGCAUCUUCCUUUGUUGGGUAGGCAGUCGAGCUUCCAGAAUUGGGACCAUGCUGCCCCUGGAUCAACUGUGUCUGGCCUAUCCGAUGCGGAUCAAAGGAAUCUCCUUGAAGAAAUAGUGGCAUUAAUACCUAAUCAAUCAGGUGCCACCACAAUAAAUUUUUUGUUGAGACUUCUACGAACAUCGAUGAUUUUACAUGCUAGUUUGUCAUGUCAAGAGAAGUUAGAGAAGCAGAUUGGGGCUCAGUUGGAUCAAGCAGCUUUGGAAGAUCUUCUGAUACCAAAUAUGGGGUACUCAGUGGAGACCCUUUAUGACAUUGACUGUGUUCAGCGGAUUCUUGAUCACUUUGUUCUGGUAGAUAAUGAGGCAGUUGACUCUGGUUCUAAUUAUAUAGUUGAUGAGGGGCAGCUUAUGGGAGGUUCCCAUCCAAUGACCCCAAUGACAUUGGUAGCUAACCUGGUGGAUGGAUAUCUGGCUGAGGUGGCACCUGAUGUUAACCUGAAAUUGCCAAAAUUUCAGUCACUGGCAGCUAUUAUUCCUGACUAUGCCAGACCCUUAGAUGAUGGAAUUUACCGUGCAAUUGACAUAUACCUUAAGGCACAUCCCUGGCUGACAGACUCUGAGAGGGAACAAAUAUGCCGCCUCAUGAACUGCCAGAAGCUCUCAUUGGAAGCCAGCACUCAUGCAACCCAGAAUGAGAGGCUACCUCUCCGAGUCAUUGUCCAAGUUCUAUUCUUUGAACAACUUCGGCUCCGCACAUCAAUUGCUGGUUGGUUCUUUGUCUCUGACAACCUUGAAAACUCACAAAAUCCAAGUGGGAAUCUUGAGAUUCCCAGAAAUAAUGCGUCUGCACAUGUGGGAACUACCCAAGACCACUUUUUGGCAGUUGAUGAUAUAAUGGAGCGGGUUUCCGAGCUUGAGAAAGAGUGCUUGAGCAUGAAAGAAGAACUUGAAAAGCUGGUUAAAACAAAGGGUGGUUGGAACAUUUUCUUGAAAAAAUUUAGUUUUAAAUCGAAGUCUAAGUCCUGUGAUCCGAAAACAGCAAAGCCUUCUGAUUCAAAAAAAUCAAGGGCCUAUGAUUCCAACACAUCAGCAACAGCUUCAUUCACCAGUGGAAGAGAAAAUCACAAGAAGGGUGAGUACGGCUUACAGGUUUGGAAAGAAAACUAACAAGGGCAAACCUUCUGUUUAGUGUUGUGCUUCACCUCUUUCCUUCUGGAUGCUAGUUAGUCAUUAGUCAUUCGUUAGUUUGUAGUUGCUGUAAUUAUGUUUAGACAUCUUUAGAUCAUGAUAGGUUCUCAGUAAUUCUUAACCAUUAAAGCUGUCAUUGUCUUUUCUUCGGUACUGAUA